AACAAACAACAAACUCUUCAUCAAAUCCGUUGGAUCCAAGGCUUUUUUCCUAUCUUAAGCCGAUCUGAUCUGUACAUUAUUUUUUUGUAUCAUAUAUUUUAGCACCACGCGUAUAAAUAAUUAUUUUCUUCAUCAUACAACAAUAACAAUAACAUCAAACUCUAAUUUAAUAUUAAUAUUUAAUAAUAAUAACAAUAACAAACAAUAACAAAAUGGCCAAAAACAAUGCAAGUUACAAGUUCAAAUUUGAACAUCAGGAUGAUCCUGAUUAUCCAUCUAGUCUUGAAAUUCUUCAUACAAUCACUCCGAGAAAUCCUCAUGUAAAGAAUUUGUUGGAGAAGGAAAUUACUACGAAUGAAAAGUUGGUCUUUUUACAGAUAGUUAUUGAUUUGGUUCGUUAUGUAUUGACUGCUGCUCCUAAUGAUGGAGUAAGUGCUUAUCAGGAAAUGUUUGGUGCUGAACCAGAGAUGAAUCAGUUCAAAUCAUUGUUGUUUGAUGAAAAGAUUGGACUUUUGGAAGGAAUUAGACAAUACAAUACUGAAAAUCCAAAAGCUACAGAGUUUGAAGACAAGUCUAAUGAAGCAAGUAUUGAAAAGGAAUUGUGGGAUCAACCAAAUGAGGACUUGUCAAAGAAUUACAUUCAAAAGAAUAUUCACACUUAUUUGAAGGAUGGAAAACAUGAAGAUUCUGCCUUCUUGGCCAAUGUCAAGGAAAAUAUUUUCCAAUUAACAACAGAGGAAUAUUUAUUGUUGAGAAAAUCUAUUUAUUUGAGUAAUUCUGGAAUUUACUUUUACAUGAGAGGAUGGGAUCCAAAUAUCAGUCAAUCACCACAAAGAAUUGCCAAACUUGUUGUUGAUAAUAUUGUUUGGAGAUGGAUCUAUAAACCAGAGAAGACAAAAUGGGAAGAUGUUAUUGAAAGUGCCAAAUGUGGUUCCUUGUUUGAUUAUGGACUUGACAAGAUGGGAAAUCCAAUGAUUUACAUGGUUGUUGGAAGAGAAGAUUUGAGUAGAAAAUUGGAUGAUAGAGCAACUCUGUUAAGAUUUAGACACUUGUGUUUGUGUUUCGAAUACAUUAUGAAUAGACUCUACGAUGGAUCGAGUCAAAACUAUCUCGGUCAAGAUAAGAGUCAAUUUUUGGGAUCUGCACCAUUCCAAAUUACAUGGGUUGUAGAUAUUAAGGAUGCCUCUCUUUCUAUUGAUCUGGUCAAGAAGAUUAAGUUUAUUUUUGACCUUUUGGGCUUUUAUUACCCUGAGAGAUCUGAAAUUGUUUUUGUUAUGAACAUUCCAUGGAUGGCCAAGAUGCUUUGGGCUGUCAUUUCACAAUUCCUUACUCAAAGACAGAGAAAUCAAUAUCAAUUCUUGUCAGAUCCAUUCUUGACAAAACUCUCACAAAAUAUUGAUACAAAAUAUGUUGGAGGUGAUUUGGCAAUUAGUGGAGUUGGAGCUGGCACUGAAUCUGAUUAUACUUUUGAUUUGGGAAGCAGAAUCAAGGCCUGUAACAAGAGACCAGUAAUUACCAAGUGGGUUGAAUAAAUAUAGCAAUUUU